CUUACCUUUUGGUUACUCAUUUUCUCUUCAAACCACUUCUCUUCACAUCCCUUUCCACCUAUUCCCUCCUUCGCCCUCACAUACCUCAGCUACCCUGUGCCCGGCUGUGAGGCAUAACAAAGGAGACAAACCGGUUUCUUGUUUCUCGAAGCAAUAUCACCACAAGUGUGCCUGCUACGUUUUUCACAAAAAUAGGGGGUCCUUUAACCAUUGGCCCCGGAAAUCGCGCGCUGGUAUUACCAGGCGUUCUCUUGCUUCUUUAUCACAACUGCGAAAAGUCAUACCCCAUCAGCCCACGGAGAGAUUACAGCUCAGCGGUCCUCUAAGGUCACCGAAGCAUCCUCCUACUUCUCCAAAGAUUCUUCUGCACAAUCAUUCGUACAAUGUCUGCGGACAGAAAGCAAGGAGGCUCCGAGUUUGAGAGAAACCGAUCCAUUACCCCGAACCGAUCUCUCUUCGGCUCAUUUGGCGAGGCACACCGUAAAAUCACGAAGGGUGCGGAUGCAGCAUCUGAGCCCACGAGUACAGCUUUUGGGGACGAGGUUGUCCGCUCCGCUACCCAUCGCCCUAUCGCCACUUCAAGUCCUGAUGAGCAAGCUGCCGACUACGACAAGCCAAGACCGGCCUCUCCGGUGACCUUCGUUCCUCAUGGCUCUCCGAGACGCAAAGACUUUGUCGAAAAAGAUCGAAUGCACCUCGAUUAUUUUCCCCUCUCAACUCCCGAUCCGCUGGCUGUCCAUCUCCAUCUCCUGGACGCUGACCGAAUCGACGAUGAAACCCAACCCUUCAUAGUGAAUAAACAACCGGCUGGCUCGUCCGUGUCUAAGCGAGCAGUGAACCUUCGACUUCCUCCGAAGCUGAAGUCGCAUCAUCAACAUUACGACAACCUCGAGAAACCCAAGACAAGACUCAUGCAGACUGGCCUGGCAUAUUCGCCGCAAGGAGAGGAGACGCUCCAUGCAAAAUUCAUAAAUCAGUCUAGCACCAACGGCCGAGAUCGACCUGAUUUGGAUGAACCAGCGGGACUCGCAACAUCUCGCGCUGAUGGUUUAGCCUUGUCCAAGGAGGUUGAGACGUCAAGUCUUCAUUCUGACCUUCUUUCCUCUCCUCCGGAUAAAUGUGCCGCGGAAACCGAAGGUAACGGAAACUUGGAAACAACUCGCACAGCUUCCCCCCCCACAGGUCAUGGUGCUGCCACAGAACAGCAGGAAGAGCCCUUCGACCCCUUUGCUGUCUUCGACACCGACUCGGACCACUCGAUCUCCGACGCACCCCAGGACCCCUUUGAAGAUGACCGAAAGUAUAGCUUCUUGCGUCCAGCUGCGGAGAAAGAGGUGUCUCGUGCGCUGCGGAAUGCCAGUGAUCUGAGCCAUCCAUUGUUUGCCCAAGUCAUACGCUUGGAGGAGACUUACUCACCUAGUCCUCCUAUUCCCUCGUUUGAUCCCGCAAAAUUUGCAGAGCGAUUGCGGGAGGAGAAAGAACGGCAAAAGGAGAUUGAGAGAAGGGAAAGUCAGCGGAAGGGACGUACUGAGCAUUUCUACAAGAGCUCUGUGAUCCAGUCGGCUUGGAAGACCCCUGAUAACGGAAUCAGAAUUCCUACCUCACCGCCGCCUCCAUCAAGCACUACCAGCUUGGCAAGAGCGUCAGGAAAUCGGCCUUGCGGUGACCUAGACCGAAAGGAUUACACAGCCACGCCUUUCUUCAACAACAAGUUUGGAGGCGCGACUGCAGGAGCACCCAGUGUCACCGAAUCGGGCAAUGACUGGGUAACUGUCUCCGAUGAACAGAAUGCUCCCACCAGAACACCCGCCAGAGCCCUUCUGGGAAAGCCCAUGGGCAGAGUUGUCAGUGGGAGUAGCAUUGCUAACUAUUCUGACCAUGUUUUUCCGCCUCUCAACCACCAGGAAUCCGGUUAUAGCUCCCAGCAUCCGAACCUGGAUGAGCGGGAUGUUGCAUGGUGGGAGAGCAUCCCGUAUUCCCAGUCAAGUAAUCCCGGUGAGCUUGGGGAAGCAGCUCGUACUUGUCACAGUCAGUGGUCUGGGACCAGGCCUCCUUUCUCACAAGAUGGCUUUGAGCGCAGUGCAGUCCAUGGCCUUGGCAUUUCACAAGUCAGAGGCUUCUUUAGCAACAGUAAGCGGGACGAAGUGUUUGAUGACGAUGAACGGAUGGAGUUGCGGUCACUGCCAAAGCGCCAGGAAAGGAACAAGAACAAAGCAGCUGAAGAUCAAAGUAACGCCCAAUGCUACGGAAGCCCUCUCACUUGGACCGUCAGGGACCCAUUGUCUUCGCCCCUGGCUCAGGAUUGGGAUGAUCAGCGUGUAGUUGCUGAAUCAGACCGUUUGUCGAGGAAGUAUCCUAGCUUACCUUUCCCUCUGCUUCCCCUUAAAGAAGCUGCGCGCAUUCAGGCCCACCGACGUGCUAGUGGGCUCGAGGAUCAGACGGAGUCUGGCAGUUCGGUGACAUACCAUCCCAUGACCCCUCGGCUUCGACAACCCAGCUCGACAUUGCCGAGCCCACCGACGCCGUCCCUACACCGUGAAGCUAUGCUUUAUUCCCCUCCAGGGUCGACCUUGGCGCCUACGCCGCAGUCUCAGCAGCCACUACCGCGGCCUUGUCCGACGUACCUUCCAAGUCGUUCGAACGGGGUGGAGGAAAGCUAUUGUGAAAAUCCUUUUCUGAGUCUUAGCGAGCAGCGCCUGAUUGCCCACACCUCGAGAUUCGGCAGCGGUCACAGCUCUGACAGUACUCAGCGCGGCCGUUCUUCCAUCUAUAGACCCCGUCUGAACACGCGCAGUACCGUUCGCCGGUAUCACGAAGAUACAGACCCCGAGCUUGGGGCAAUGGCGGCUCGAUAUCGUCUCUCAGGUCCACGCUCUUUCGGCACAAUCUCGGACGCAGCCAGGUAUCGACAGACCCUAUUCUUCCUCUUGACUCUCUUAAUCAACAUCCCGCUUCCCGUAUUUGGCAUUACUGUCCUGUUUGGAAAGCUGGAUUCUGGUAUUUCUUGGUGGACUCAUGGCGAGGUCCAUGGCCUCGCUCCUCAUCAGUUGGAGUGGGUGCGCAUACAGCUUGUGGCAGAGGGCUCCAUCUACCUGAUGAUGACCAUCUUGCUGGUCGUGGUUUACGUCCAGCACCAGUCGUGAGUUCCUCCCACAUUGGAAUCGCUGUUUUCUUUCUUCUAUAUUGCCGGACCCUGGUGUUCUUGGUUCCUAAGCUAGUGAAGAUGGACACUUGGAGCCCCCAAUCUGUUGCACUGUAAGACGCAUGUACAGCGAGUUCUGGUUUUCUUCCCAGAGAGGUUUCGGGCCAUUGUCUUCUUCAAGGCUUUGGCGAAGCAGGUUGGGUUGUAUAGAUGUGUUAUGUACCGUAAAAAAAAACUAAAUAAAUAAAAAUGAUAAAAAUAAAUAAAAAUGACAAAA